AUGCCAUACCGCGGCGAACAUAGCGGGAGCUUAUCUGUGACAAUGAAGAUUGCCUCCUCAGACGUUGGAAAAGUAAUUGGACGAGGUGGAAAGAAAAUUCGAGAAUUUGAACAAGCUGGUGGAGGAAGAAUUAAGAUAUCUAAUGCUGUAGAUGAAGAUGACAUGAAGAGUAUUGAGAUUUCUGGCAAUGAUCAAGACAUUGAGACAACGAGACAGAUGAUAGAAGACUAUCUCAGAGACUUCAGUAUAGAUGACAGCAGUGGAAAGCAUGGAGGAUUUUCUGGUGAUCGCAGCCAUAGUAAACCUUCAUAUAAUUCUAGAGGUGAAGGGUAUAAAGGGGAAAACCAGCACAAAGACAGUGAGAGUAACUGGAGACGGAAUGAGGAUGAUGACAGAGACUUCAGUGUGGGUGACAGAGGUAGGAAACGUGGAGGAUUUUCUGGUAGCCACAACUAUAGCAAACCUGUGUAUAGUUCUGGAGGGGAAGGAUAUAACAAGGAACUCCCCAGACACCAGGACAAUGGGGAUAGCUGGGGCAGGUGUGAGGAUGAUGAUAAAGUUGUCUCUGGUGGCAGCAAUGUUGGAAAGUCUAGAGGAUUUGGUUCUAGCCAUGGUGAAGAAGUGUAUAAGUCCAGAAAUGUAUAUAACAGUGCACACAGGAACCAGGAUCUUGAUGAUAAAUGGGGAUGGCAUGAAGAGGAGGAACAAGCAGACAUCACUAGCAGUAGUACUGGUGGAGGUCGUGGAGGGUUCGGUGGUGGCCGUGUGUAUGGUUCUAGAGGUGAAGGACCUUCCAACAGGCAGCACAGAAACCAGGGAAAACCACGUGAUGGGGACAGAAGGGGAAGACAGGAGGAUUAUGAAAAAGGAAGCCAUGGUUCUGGAGGAGACAGGCUCGCAGUUGAUGACAGUGAAACUAUAUACGUGAUGUCUUCUGAAGUUGGAAAAAUGAUAGGCCGUGGUGGCAACACUAUCAGACAGUUGGAGGCAGACAGUGGAUGCAGGAUUAAGGUGUCACGAACUUGUGGAUCAUCUGAUCAGAGCCCAAUAGAGUUAAUUGGAAGCAAGAGUGCAGUAGCUGAUGCAAAACGUCUGAUUCAAGAGACUGGAGUGGAAAUAGUUAAUGAGAGCAGUCCUGGCCAUG